UCACAGGCUCACAAGAUACACACUCACUAGCACAGGAGUCAAACCCAUUUCUUCCAUCUCCAUUUUCAAAUCCUUUCAUCUUCUUCAUAAUCAAAAAGCUUUCUUUAGAAAUCCAUAAAAAUAUGUUGCUAAAGGCUGCUCCUGCUUUCUCUUUGCUGAGCACCCAUGGAGACAAUCUGGGUCCUCUGUUUUCCUCUGUUUCUUCGUCGUUUAAUAGUCUUUCUCCUACGAUUUUUCGUGGAAAAACUGGGACUGGGUUUGUUCUCUGUGCAUCAAAGGGUUCAAAUGACAAGCCGUUGACCGGGGUUAUUUUUGAGCCCUUUGAAGAGGUAAAGAAGGAGCUCAGUUUGGUCCCUACUGUCCCUCAAGUUUCUCUUGCUAGACAGAAGUAUUCUGAUGAGUGUGAAGCUGCCGUUAAUGAACAGAUCAAUGUGGAGUACAAUGUCUCCUACGUGUACCAUGCCAUAUUUGCUUAUUUUGACAGGGACAAUGUUGCUCUCAAGGGUCUUGCCAAGUUUUUCAAGGAAUCAAGUGUUGAAGAAAGAGAGCAUGCUGAGAAAUUGAUGAAAUACCAGAACAAAAGGGGCGGAAAAGUGAAGCUGCAGUCUAUAGUAAUGCCCCUUUCGGAAUUUGAUCAUGUGGAAAAAGGAGAUGCAUUGUAUGCAAUGGAGCUUACUUUGUCUCUGGAAAAAUUAACAAAUGAAAAGCUCCUGAACUUACACAGUGUGGCUGAGCGAAACCAUGAUGUGCAGUUGGGUGAGUUUGUUGAACGUGAGUUCUUAGCAGAACAGGUGGAAGCCAUCAAAAAAAUCUCUGAAUAUGUUGCUCAGUUGAGAAGAGUGGGCAAAGGGCAUGGAGUAUGGCACUUCGACCAGAUGCUUCUUCAUGAGGAAGAGGCCGUUGUUGCAUAAUGAUGGAGACAUCUUAUUUGCUGCUUAAGUACCAUUUUGAAGGUUAUUCUAUGCUAUCUUUUUGGGUUAGUAGUUCUUUGUUGAGAGAUUUUUGGGGGUUUGGUUACCUCAGACGUGAGAUGAUGUUGAUAGAUGAUAGACCAUUAAAAAUGGGGUUUAGUGCUUUAGUCCUCGUACUUGACAAUGGUCAUCCUGUUUAAAAGUAGUUGAAAUAUAUGGAUGUCUUUUAUUCCCAA